GUGUGUCUUUAUGGGAGGAGCGGUGCGACUUCCCCACUUCUGCCCCCACUAUGUACUUUUUUACAUCCCUGCUUACGUUUGGCUGGCAUAGCCUAAUUUCCGCAUUCCCAAAUCCUCCCAGAUUGGGAUCACGUUUAAAAUCGGGCUGAUGCAACGAUUUCCACUUUUUAAAAUCUACUCUCGACCAUCGGCUGACCAGAAGAGAGGACAUUUGUUGCACCUGGGAUCAAAGUCAGCUGUGGUCACGACCGAGUCUGACGCGAUGCCAGGACAAAUCCCAGAUCCCUCUGUGACAGCAGGCUCCCUGCCCAGCCUGGGCCCACUGGCUGGGAUCUCAGCUACCACACUGACGGACAAGCUCAAAUUUGGUGACUUCCAGGAGUACGGUACAAUGCUGUCACCUCUGCACUUCCUGGACAGUCUGGGGAAGAGGCCCCUCACGAUCAAAACAGAGAGAGAUGAAGAGGUUGACAGGAGGAAACGAAGGCGAGAUAAAAACAAAGUGGCUGCAGCUCGAUGUCGAAACAAAAAGAAAGAGAGAACAGAUUACCUCCAAAAGGAAUCAGAGAGACUAGAGAUGUUAAACUCUGACCUUAAAGCCCAGAUUGAGGAGCUGAAGGUCGAACGACAGCAGCUGAUCCUCAUGCUCAACCGGCAUCGCCCCACGUGUAUCGUCAGGACAGACAGCGUCAAAACCCCGGAGGGCGAGGCUAACCCCCUGCUGCUGCAGCUGGAGGCCAAGUGAAGGUGCGACGACUUUGUACAGUUUCCAGUUGAAAAGAAGCCGCCAACUAGCAGCACUUAGCUUUGGGUCACAGAGGAGGUCCAGCCAAGUCCUCCCACCUUAACUCACAGAGCGUUACGCCACAUAAUGUGGACCCAAUAACAUUUGUCUCUCUUGCUUUCCCAUGUAUUUGUUGUUGUGGUCAUCAGAGCUCCAGCCACUAUCAGUAUGAAGUUAAACACAAAACACACAACACAGCUAUCGGCACAUGACUUCACAUUCCAGACAUUCAGUUUGUUGUGUGUUGGUGGAUUUGUAUUAUAUCUCUUCUUAGCUUCAGCAUUCAGCAUAUUCAACAUAUUCAUAGCAGCUAAAAAUAGAAUUUUUCCACCUUCGAAAACAUCAGUGAUUAAAAUCAACAUGCAGCAAUUCUGGUGAUUCAUAAAUAAACCAUUUUUAUUCGCUGGUUCACUUAAAACAAAAAUAGUUUUUUUUAAAGUCUAAACUAAAACUGAGAGUCAUUAAACAGCUGUUUAUUUUGCCAAGUUACAUAAGUGUUGUUUCAACAGCUUUUCAAUAACUUAAAGAACAAUGGUUAUGAAUGUGAUCUGGCUACAAACAGAAAUGUUGUUUUACUGAUGUGUUGCAGUAUUUCUCAGUCUAUAUGUCUAAAUUACUGUAAGUAUCUCACCUUUUUUAAAAGGCAUUCUGGGAAUCAGGGAUUUUAACUGAAAUGCAACGAGAAGAGGGCAAACAGGUAGGCUUAAUAGAUGCAUUUAGUUUAAUUUGCUCACUCAGUAAAAAAUAAGAAGUAAAUUCUCUAUUUUUCUAAAGCAAGUAUGCACACCCACAGAGGGGCAGAAGCCUUGUUCUACAUAAUAACCUUCAUGAUUCAUGAUCAUACAUUUAGUGGCAGAGCAGUUGAUCCUUUUUUCUUUUUCCUAUGUUUUGGCGCAGGCGUCAUGUAUGCACAUAUUAUAUAUAUAUGGACUGUUUACAUUGUACUUAUUUUCUGUUACCAUAUUGUUACAACCAAUUAUGUUUUUUAUACUUUUGUAUAUGAUGUUAUAUAAGCAUAUAAGCUAUCACAAAGUCUCAUUUUGUAUUUCCUUAAGAAAUAAAUGUUUAGUUUGUU